GACCGCUCUCCCCAUCAUUGCGGAAUUAUUUGUAUCAUUUGAAUAUUUUUUUCUGUAAAAGAAGUUUUCGCCUAAUAAAGUCUGUUUUAAAAUUUCGUGACCUUGUAAUAGAAAAAUUAUACAACACAAAUGAUGCGAAAAUAAAGAUAUCCAAGGAGAAUUUCUUAAGCUAUUGGCAGAAAUUGUGCAUUACCAAAAAAAUCGAAAGUGCCUUGAAACAAAGUAAAUUUUGUUCCCACACUCAAUUAAUAAUUGCCUUCUUGAAAUAUUCAUUGUCAUCAUACUCAUUAUUGUUUAAUUAGUGUGCAAAAGAGAAAAAAGAUUAAAGAGUAUUCAAAAUCAAACGUGAAAAGAUAAAGAUUAAUUAGUGUUUCUACAGAAAUGAGUAAAACAAGUUGCGACAAUUUUGAAAAAUCCAAUAAUGUUGAAGCAUCAACUUCCAACGUCAACAACACAAGUAACAACAGUAAUGCUACUCCAAAACGAAAGAAUAAAAAUAACAAAACUCCUAAUAAUAACAUUAAUAACAUCAGUUAUGAACAUCACUUAGAGAAGUGGCUUGAAAAUACUUCAAAAAUGAACGGCGAUGACAAUAGUUUUGAUAACAUUUGGCCAUUUAUGAAUACGCCUAGCUCGUUCCAGCCACACUUGAAGAACCGUAAGAGUGCCGUCCACCCACAAUUUCAAUAUAACGAUACAAUUUCACUACCUUCGUUCAAAAAUUCUUCUCAAGACGAAGCACAAAUACUUGCUGGUUUCUUAAAUCAAAGUAGUAGUUCAAGACAACAACAAAUACCGAAUUUUAUGUAUCCACAACAGCACUCACAACAAUCAUCUUUAAGCAAUCAUCCGUUAGCGUCGUCUUUUAGCACACAAGAGUUCCACAGCCUCCCGUUUUUUGAUAACAUGAAAAACGAUAAGUCCCUUAAUUCAGAACCAGAUUUCUUUGACAAUGCUAGACGCAAUGAAAGCUUAUUGAUCAAGGAGAAACAAAAUGGAGCAGCGAUGUUGAAUGAAUCGGAAAAUAGUCCACGUACCAAUGAUUUAAGUGUUGAUGGUGACCUUGAUGAUGACGAAGAAGAAAAGCAACUUGAUUCGAAUAAUUUCACUGAGCCGAACGACAAGAAACUUCUUGUCAAUCUUUUGAAGCAAAUCAAAUUUCUUCAUGAAACAAACUCAAAAAUCUUUCGAAAUUUGCAUGAAACCAAAGUUGAAUUGGAAGCUUUGAAACAUGCACCAAGUUGGGGUUUGAGACACCGUAAAGAUAGUGUGAGUGGUUUGAGUGUUCACAGUCAACCAUUUGGUUAUGGUGGAACGGCAAGUCCGGCACCAACUUAUUAUUCACAAGGUGGUUCAAACUAUCCCGGAGUCGUGACUGACUUAAUUCGUGAAGUGCGUGAUGCUGGAAGAAUUCGUGAUGAUUCACUUAUGAAUCGUGUACGAGCGAUGGUCGAUGAGAAGUCAUGGAGUUUAAAUGAAGUGAACAUGAGGCUUAUGCGAGAGAUGGAAGAGAUAAAAAUUCAUUUGCAAACGUUGAAGAUUGAACGCGAAACAACCGUUGACCGAAUAAGCAGAUUAGAAGAAGAAGUUCAUUUGAUGAAAGCAUCGCAACUUGCCAGAAAAAAUCCAUUCCAGAACUUUUCACAAUUCCAUACACAAUUAGAGUCGAGUCUUGCGGCAAAUGAUCAUCAAAACCGAAGCAACAAUAUGAAUUUAAGCUAUGGAAUCACGAAUCGAACAAAUGAUGGCUUUUUAUUUGAUGAGAAGUCACAAUCACCAUCAAAAGACGACAAUUCAAAUGGUUCACAUGUCAUGCAGCUUGAGAAAGAUACUGUCUUGUUACGACGUGAUCUUCAAGAUGCAUUGGCAAGCAGAAAACAAGCUGAAAAUCGAAUUCUUGCCUUAGAACAUCUGGUAACAUCAUUAAAAUCUUCUACCCAACUAACUGAUACAGGUCAUCAACACAACAAUUUGGAUAAAAGCGAAAUGAAUGAAACAACAACGAAGACACGAAUCACUGACAAAAAACAAAAUUUUCCCUCGUCACAUGAUAAUCAAAUGGAAUCAGUGAAAACAGCUAAAGCGUCACAAGUUAAGCUACCAACACCUUCAGGUCCGAUAACAGAUCUUUAAGCAUGUUUGGUAAAAAUUAUCUUAAAAGUGCCAUCAGUUGAUUUCAUCUUUCUGAACAAAACAUUCUUUCUAUGUCAUUCAAAUUGAGCUUAAAAUAAUACUUAAAGACAUUAAAAGCUGCAGUUUCUAUUGCAGUUGAACAUUGAUUGAUUUUUGGUGCCUUAACUUUUUAUUAUCAUACUCCAAUAAAUAUUCAAAUCGAAACUUUAAAAUAUUCAAUGAAGAACAAAAAACACCAACAAAAAAUCACUAAUUAAAGUAAAUAAAUCGAUAAUAAAUCAUAUGAGAUGAGACUACUUAUAAGACGAUUAAUAUUUAUAUGUAACUUUCACUGUCAUUUCAUCAUAACUUAUAAAACAUUGUCUCGAAUAUUAAAUAUUUUAUUUAUUUUUUUUCUGUAAAAAAAACUGUCAGAGAUUUUCUUUUAUGUAUUUAAUUAUUACAUACGACAAUAUAUUUUUAUUUUAGCAGAAAA